AUGUUCUGGACCAAGCUCUGUUUCAUCAGCGUUUGUGUGGUGUUCCUGUCGCUCACCGGCAGAGCCACCGUCGAAGCGAACCCGCAGCUCGAGCUAAUGGGAGGGUAUGACAUCAUCGGCAUAUGCAUCACCAACUGCGCCCAGUGCAAGAAGAUGUACGGAGCGUUCUUCGAGGGUCACCUUUGCGCGGAAGCGUGCGUUCAGUUCAAGGGCAAAACCAUACCGGACUGCGAGGACCUCGGCUCGAUCGCUCCGUUUCUGAACAAGAUGCGCUAG